AUGUCGUCCACCUCUUCCCGGAGGUUGAACUAUGACAACAUCAACCCCCAUGUCAAGGCUGCCAAGUAUGCCGUGCGUGGUGAGUUGGCCGUCAAGUCGGAGGAGUACCGUGCCAAGCUGGGCAACGGCGACACAGACCUGCCCUUCCAGCAUGUCAUCUCUGCAAAUAUCGGCAACCCCCAGCAGCUAGAUCAGAAGCCCAUCACCUUCUUCAGACAGGUGCUCAGCAUCCUAGAGAACACCAAGCUGCUGGAGCAUGAGGAUGUCCUGAUAAACCAGCUUGACUACAAGCCUGAUGUCAUUGAGAGAGCGAAGUGGCUGUUGAGCAAGGCCGGAUCAGUAGGAGCUUACAGUGCUAGCAACGGAGUUCCUGCGAUUCGCCAGAGCAUUGCCAACUUUUUGGAGAGACGGGAUGGCUUCCCUGCAAACCAGCAUGAUAUUUACAUGUCUGCCGGAGCCUCAUCAGGAGUGAACACGCUGCUUCACAUCAUCUGCGCUGACCAGAAUUCUGGAAUUCUUGUCCCCAUCCCUCAGUACCCUCUCUACACUGCCUCUCUAUCAGUACUCAAUGCCACAUGUGUCCCUUACUAUCUUGAUGAACACAAGAACUGGGGCACAGAUAUUGACUCGAUCAAGAAGGCAUGUGAGGACGCCAAGUCAAAGGGCGUCGACGUCCGCUGUGUAGUUAUAAUCAACCCCGGCAAUCCGACCGGCGCGUCGCUAUCAGAGGAGGAAGUCCGAGGCGUCAUCGAAUUUGCCCGUGAGGAGCAACUUGUCAUCAUGGCCGACGAGGUCUACCAAACAAACGUCUUCAUCGGCACGUUCCACAGCUUCAAAGGCGUCCUGCGCAAGAUGCAAAAGGAGAAUCCCGGCAAGUACGACAACAUUGAGCUGGCCAGCUUGCACUCCGUCAGCAAGGGCAUGGUGGGCGAGUGCGGGCACCGCGGCGGCUACUUCGAGCUGGUUGGCUUCGACGAGAAGGUGCAGGCCGAGAUCUACAAGUUCGUGUCCAUCACCCUGUGCGCACCGGUCAUCGGCCAGUGCCUCGUGGAGCUGAUGGUGAACCCGCCCAAGGAGGGCGAGCCCAGCUACGAACUCUACAAGCAGGAGUACGACGGCAUUUUCAACGGCCUCAAGGAGCGUGCCACGGCCCUGCACAAGGCCUUUGAGCGCAUGGAGGGCGUCGAGUGCCCCGACCCCGCCGGGUCCAUGUACCUCUUCCCCACCAUCAAGGUGCCGCCCAAGGCCGUGGAGGAGGCCAAGAAGGAGGGCCGCACGCCGGACGAGUUCUACUGCAUGGAGCUGCUCAAGGCCACCGGCAUCUGUGUCGUGCCCGGCAGCGGCUUUGGCCAGAGGGAGGGCACGCUGCAUCUCAGGACGACCUUCCUCGCCCCCGGUACGGACUGGGUCGAGCUGAUGGUCAAGUUUCACAAGGAUUUCAUGGCUCAGUACAAGUGA